UUGUUCUAUAAUGGCGGCUACAGUUUAUCGUGUGUUUUAUAACCAGUUUGCCUAAAAAAGAUUUCUUGCGUACUUUGUUCUUUAUUUUCAUCUAUAGUUUUCUGUAUGAACGUAACCAGCGGUAGUGAUGUCCUCGUACACAUUUUCACAGAAGCCGUUUACACCUGUACCCCCUGAGAAGGGCAGUUUUCCACUCGACCAUGAGGGUGCCUGCAAGCUGCUCAUGAUCAAGUAUAUGCGUUGUUUGUUCACCAAUAAAAAUGAAAGCGCAAUGUGUCGAAACAUCGCAAAGGAUUACCUUGCUUGUCGGAUGGAUAAUGAGCUAAUGGCUCGAGAAGAAUGGUCCAAUCUUGGUUUCGUUGAUGAGGUCAAGGAGACAUAACAGCAACGAUUUAUUACU